GGGCCUGUUAGUUUGUCACAGGCCUACUUUUCUUGACUGCUACUUCUGGCUUCCUCAAAGUAUCAUAAUCUCAGCUCUCUUCUAUCACUUUCUUCAAAACUUGCAAUUUUCAAUUCUCCCUCUCUCUCUCUCUCUCUCUCUCUCUCUCAAAUGGCAGCCUUUUCAAACCAAAACCACCAUUUUCAUCUUGACUCUCCUUUCUUGCCAAACACUCCCAUUAAUCUGCCUGGCUUUAUGGAGGGGAACAUCAGCACCAACUGUUUUUCCCAAUUUUACCCUCCUGAACUUCCCCUUCAAACUCCUCUUGAUGUUAGACUUCAGGACACAAAUCCUCUUGAUCACAGCUCUGUGCUUGGUCUUAGUGAUAAUGAGCCUUCUGUGACCAAGAAACAGAGCACGGACAACUCUACUGUGGUGGACAAGCUUGAAAGCGGUGAGCAAGUUAUCCAGAAGCUGCCUCCUGCGGACAAGAAGAGGAAGCAUGCAAAUGGAUCAUCUUCCAAUUCUGCUCAGUCAAAGGAUGCUAGAGAUGGAAGAAGAAAGAAACAAAAGAAAUGCAAUAUUAGUGAAAUGAAAGAUGAAGGUAAGAGGCCCAAAGCAGUGAAGAAAGUAUCUGAAGAGCCCUCUACAGGCUACAUUCAUGUAAGAGCUAGGAGGGGCCAAGCAACAGACAGCCACAGCCUUGCAGAGAGGGUAAGAAGAGAGAAAAUCAGUGAAAGGAUGAAGAUUUUGCAACAACUUGUUCCUGGAUGUGACAAGGUAACUGGAAAGGCCCUCAUGUUGGAUGAAAUUAUUAAUUAUGUCCAGUCUUUACAGAAUCAAGUGGAGUUCCUUUCCAUGAAGCUUGCUUCUUUUAAUCCUUUGCUCCAUGACUUUGGAUUGAAUCUAGAUGCACUGAUGGUCAGACCAUUAGAGGGACUGAGUAGCUUGUCAUCAUCACCUUCACGUAUGCAGCAAUGCAACACGACUCGGCCCACAGAUUUUGUUGAUGCAGCCACAGCCACUACCGCCACCUCCACCUUUGCCACCGCAAAUAACUAUCCUCUCAUUGAUAAUUCAUCAGCAGCAUUACUUCAAGAGCAAAGCCCUAGUGACUUCAUUCAUCAGGAUAGUGGUAGUCUACUGUGGGACGUAGAUGAACAAAGACAAAAGUUUCUUAAUCCAUCUGGUUUCAGCAACAAAUUGUGUUCUUUCCAAUAAAAUAAUACCAGAUAGAGCUGCCCUACAAAUUAACAUCUGCAAUGGGAUCGACGUCAAAGCCAGAGAGAAAUUAAAAAAGAAACACAAAGACAUGAUAAAAGUCAAAACGUACGAGGGUUCUUUAUUUUGUAGUAGCAACAGCAUAAGUUCUGAUGGAGAGGGCUUCUACUUCUUCAAUCAAAGGUUCUGGUUCCAAGUCCAAUAAUAGUAAAAGUGGCAUCUAAAACAUGAAUAAAGGGCAGCAAAAUCAAUGGAUGAAGAUCACAGAGCACAUAUACAGCCGACCAAAUAAGACCAGAUCAUUUUUUAGAUCCAUUAUUCCUGUCUAUUUUGCAACAAACUAUGACUGUGAGACUCUUGCCUGCACAAAUACCAAGAACCUUGUUUAGUUCCAUGGAGAGCUGCUAGCGUAGUAUAUUUAAGUUGAUCGUUAUGAAAUUGUAAUAGAAUCCUUGUAGUUACAGUUAUUCUGUUAUUACGGUUAUUUUUACUGUUGCCUUCCGCCUCCUGACUUUGAGAGAGGGCCGGGUAACGGAGAUGCUGUUACUGUAAUUGACAUGACUAGUUAUGCAAAUUUCUUUUUCUUUUUUUUUGGUA